CCUAGGGCCACCUGACUGCAAAGUCCAUGUAUGUUCCCUGCAACACACUGCAGUGGGGAAAACAAAUAUGGCUGUCGUUCCAUAUUGACUCCCCUCUGUCAGCCACAGUUCUAUCUCCUUUCACUGUCUGCUGCCAGCCCCCUGUGCCACUCACAUUUUAAAGGCUCUGUGGCUUAGGCCUCUUCCUCAGCCUAGACACUUGCCCUCACUCUUCUACUUUGUAAAAGCCUAUUCACCGUUUAAGGGUUGAAUCAGAUGCCUUUCCUCAGAGAAAUAUUUUGUUAACACAUAUUCAUUGUACAUAUUCAUGGAGUUCAGUGUGAUGUUUCCAUUUAUGCAUACAGUAUGCAUUGAUCAUAUCCACCCACCCUUCUUCCACCCUCCUUUCACCCUCCCCAAUCACUAGUAAUCACAAUUCUACUUUCAGGUCGACUUUUUUUAGUUUCUACAUAUGAGAGAGAACAUGCAGUACUUGUCUUUCUGUAUCUGGCCAAUUUCACAUAAUAUCCUCCAGUUUCAUCCAUUUUGCUGCAAAUGACAGGAUUUCAUUUUUCUUUAUGACUGAAUAAAAUUUCAUUGUGUACGUACCUCAUUUCUUUAUCCAUUCAUCUGCUGAUGGGCAGUUAGGGUAAUUCCGUGUUGUGGCUACUGUGAAUAGUGCUGCAAUAAACAUGGGCAUGAGGUACUUCAUUGGGAUGCUGAUUUCAUUUGCUUUGGAUAUAUACCCAGGAGUAGGAUAGCUGGAUCAUAUGGUAGUGUUAUUUUUAGUUUUCUGAGGAACCUCCAUAUUAUCCAUAUUAGCUGUAUUCAUUUAUGUUCUCACCAGCAGUGUCCUUUUUUCUCCACUUCCUUGCCAGCAUUGAGUGUCCCCUAUCUUGAGUGGAACACAUUGUUCUUGUCUUUCUGCUUUGACCUUGAUUAGUGACUCAUUUUGUCUUCCAGUAAAGUGGAGCUCAUUGUUGAGCUGUCUCACCCACUAAGUUCUCAAGGCCUUGAUGGCAGGCACCAAAUCCUAUUCAUCUCUAGCUGCAGUGAUUUAAUGACUUAUUAAUUGAUCAAUACAUGUUUGUGAGCUAUUCAAAGGAUUGGACAAGGAUGUCGCAAAUGAAUGGACAAAUGUUGAGCUGGAUCUGGGGAUGGUCACACAGGGUACCCUACCCAUUUGCACUAGACUGGUCAGAGAGGUCUGGAGUCCCCUGGGGUCAUCUAACUAGUUUGUAAACAGAAGGCAGUUCAUAGGGUUCAGGUGAUAACUGCUCAAGCCCAGCUCUAGGCCCAUUCUCUACUCUAGAAUUCAUGUUAAAGGGACAGACUCCUGGAUCAUUUAUGUUGCAUGUUUGUAUUUAUGGAAGAAAGGUCUUUCCUGGCUCCCAUAUGAACACAAGGUUUAUUCUGGCAUGCCACUUCAUCUGGUUAUAGCUGCCCUGACAGUGUCCUGCAGGAGCAAAUGCUCUGUGACAGAUGGAAAGGUUGGGAAGCAUUUUUAUAUACAUUUUGUUGAAGCUACCAAGUCAUAGACACUCAGUCACUUGAUCUCUUAUAUUUUUGACCUUUGCAGCAAACUUUGUGGUAAGUCUUAUGGUCCCCAUUUUGUAGCUGAAGAAUCUGAGACUGAAUAGAGCUAGUGUCUUGCCCAAGGUUACACAACUAAGUAAGUAAGGAAGGCAGGAUUCAGUCUCAGAUCUGUCCAUCACCAAAGCAUCUUCACAGAAAAAUAUACAGGAGAAACGUGGACUUCCUUUCCUCCAUAAAAUAGAAUUGUAUUUACAAAAUGAUGAAUUAGAUAUUUAAGGUCAGGUGUUUCUAAAUUAUUUUUUAUUUUUAAUUCCUCAAAAAUAUUUGCAUAAAUGGCAGAAGGAAGGGGUAGAAAAGUAUAAUUUCCUCUACUAACUAUUGGACUGAAUUUCCCCAUAUUCACCCCCCCUUAUGAAUUAUGCAGUUAUAGGGAUACCUACAGAGCAUUCUGCCCUGUCUCCUCAUUGUAUAACCAAAGUGAAUAUAGGCUGCAAGGUGCCAAUGAAUUUCUAAAGAUCAUAUUAAAAAUUUGAAAAUAGAACAGGUUCUUAGAAUGCUGGUUUACCAAAUCCUAGCCAUUUUAUUUCUGCUAAAUUAGCCUGCCUCAUGGAGUCAGUAAACCCACAUUUAUAAAAUGGUGGGGAGAAAGUAAAACAUUACUACACUCUGAGCUAGCAGAGGUGAUAAACAUUUUACUCACCACCUGUCCUUAUUUAGGUGCAGAAAAGACUCGGGAAAGAAGACCUUUGAUAAGAGUUGAGUGUUGGGACCCCUGUGGCUUUGGGCACCUGAGUGGAGCUGCCUCCCACCUGCAUGUGGGGCAGGGGUCCCCUUUGACUCUAGAGAGAUGGAGGUGGCUUCCAGAGGCCCAGAGUUGCCCCAGAGGGAUCCAAGGAGUGGGCCUCUUGAGCCAUUGCCCCUGGAAAGGUCUCACCUAAGGGGCCAGAGGCAGAAAGGCCCAGCCAGUCUCCCUCUGGCCUUGAGGCUCAAGGAGGCUGAGGCUUAAGGCCAGGAUGGAAUGCUGGGGGCAGGAGAGGGGUGAUGGGCAGGGCACAGGAGGUGGAGCCUCCACCCCCUCCACUAAGAAAUGGGGGAGACUCCUUCAGAGGAGGGGGCAGUUGUAAGGUGAGAUUGUGGGGGCAGAGAUGGAACAGGACAAGAGGCCAGGGAGAAGCAGAGCUGAUGGGGGUGAUUCUGGAAGGACAAGCAGUGCAAGGCAAGUUGUGUGAGUGGCAGCUCAUGGAAGGCUGCUUGGGUCUCUUGUAGCACCUGGCAUCUCCUCCCUGGGACCUCAGCCUGUACCUGCUUUGUCCCUACUGAAUGGGCCAUAGCCUGCUAACUUAUUUAGUGUCCCAGUACCUCCCCCCCAGGCCACCCCCCACCAUAGUGCAGAAUCCUGCCCUGCUUCCUGUUCCUGUCAAUCUGGAGGUGAGUACUGCUGCCUGGUCCUUAUGCCCUCCCCCUCUGCUCCCCACCCAGAUAGCUGUGUGCUUCCUCUCUGCAGCAGGCCAGCUCCCAGUGCUGGCCACCCUUCUCAGCCCUGUGGAGCCCUGAUUGCCUUCCAGAUGAACUGCCUUAGUUUCUUCCAGCUGCACCCAGUUGUCUUCAGUAUGGGGGAGCCGAACCACUCCGCCUCCGGGAAAGAGCUUCAGCACAGGACACGAACAGAGGCUCCAGCAAAGAAAAACUGGCACUCCCAGGCUUACACUCUUGGGGCCAUUUCCAACUUUAUGUCCACUUUUCUGACUUUUCCUAUCUAUAAGGUGGUAUUCCGGCAGCAGAUCCAUGCUAUGGCAGUGUCAGAGGCUGUGAGACAGCUUUGGCAUGAAGGUCCUCAGUACUUUUACCGGGGAAUCUACCCUCCUCUUCUCUCCAAGACGUUGCAAGGGACUCUCCUAUUUGGAACUUAUGAUAGCUUGCUGUGCUCUCUCUCCCCUGUUGGGCCACAUUCCCUGGGACACCGCUGGGCUGCAGGGCUCAUGUCCGGGGUGGUAGAGGCUGUGGCACUCAGCCCUUUUGAAAGAGUUCAAAAUGUGCUCCAGGAUGGUCGAAAGCAAGCUCGCUUCCCCAGCACCUUCAGCAUUCUCAAGGAAUUCAACUCUUAUGGGCUGUGGGGGCGGCUGUCACUGGGCUAUUAUCGUGGUUUCUGGCCUGUCCUUGUCAGGAACAGCCUGGGGAGUGCUCUCUAUUUCUCUUUCAAGGAUCCCAUCCAGGAUGGCUUGGCAGAGCAAGGCUUGCCCCAUUGGGUUCCUCCAUUGGUGUCUGGUAGUGUCAAUGGAACAAUCACCUGUCUAGUUCUGUAUCCUCUGAUUGUGCUGGUUGCCAAUAUGCAGUCCCAUAUUGGUUGGCAGAGAAUGCCGAGCCUGUGGGCCUCUGCCCAGGAUGUGUGGGACACUCGGGGCCGAAAGGUACACCUGAUCUACCGAGGAGGUUCCCUGGUUAUCCUAAGGUCCAGUGUGACAUGGGGUCUCACUACUGCUAUUCACGACUUCCUGCAGAGGAAGUCUUACUCCAGGAAGGAGCUGAAAGACUGACUAGCUGAAGGAAGUGUGGCCGUGGCAUCUUUGUUCUUCUCAAUCUUCCAUGGUUGGUCCUAUCUAGCUUACUUUUUGACUUGAUUACCUAAUGCAGCCAUUCUUUACCAUCUGUCAUUGAACAGGAGAAGUUCCCAACUACCAGCCUGUUGGGAAUGGACAAAACCCAACAGGACCCCUUCGUCAGAGAGAGUCACCCCAGUCUAUCCACAGCUUCAGUAGCCUCAGAGCCAGGAGGCCUUUAAGUAACUAGUAACCUAGAUUAAAUGUCAUUCCUUUAAGGAAUUCCUUAAUAAAAAGACAGUUCAACAGAUGAGUUUACUCAGUUUCUCUGAGUUCUGGGACCACUCCAGGUGUCCUCCAGACCAAACUGAGAAGAACUCCAAUUUCAAAGAACUAUUCUGGACACUGAGGAUGGGGAUUCCAUAGAACUUCUCAGAUUGUCACUUUGUUCACUGCCUCUAUCCCAAUCACUCUCCCUUCUUCAGGCUGUAGGGCCUUGUUUCAGGGUAGUAGUUGUGGCUGGAAAUCUUAAAUUUGGGUUGCUUCAUCUCAUCAGGUGCCAAAAGAUCUGGUGGGGCCAAAAAUGGAAGUGUGGAGAAAUUUGGUCCCUGAAUGGAAUGAAUAUAGACUUUGAACAAUGAGAUUUAAUUACAUGCAAAAUAGAAAAAUUUACUAUAGGUCACUUGAUAUUAUCUGCUGGGACAUUUUUGAUAGCAAAAAUUACAUGGCCUAGAAACCACUCAAGUUUCCCUAAGAAAUCUGGAAGUGAAAUGACCAUAUCCCUUUACUAAUAAUUAUGUAUUUUGUUGAUGUAGAUAGAAUUACUAUGACAUAAAGAUCAGAAAUUUUAGCUUUGUCCUUCAAAGCCAUUCAGUGUAUUAACAUACCACUCCUACUUAAAUGGACCCCUAUGCCAGCCAAAAUGAAUUAUUGUUUCCUUCCCAAACAUGCCAUGAACUUAACCCAUAGUCAUACUUUGGCUCAAGCUAUUCUCUCUGCCUGCAGUUCUCCUUUUUUUGGCCAGCCUGCCACAAUCCUAGUUCUUCAAAGCCCAACUCAGAUACCAACUUCUGUAUGGAGCCUCUUCUCAAUUUCCCCUAACUGAAUGUGAUAUUAGUCUCUUAUGAUGCCCCUUUCCAACAGUACAUCAGUAUGGCACUAUUUCCAUUAUGUCCCUGAUCAAAUGUGGCCCUGUGUUCUUAAUGUUCUUCAAUACCUCCUACUAGACUGUAAAACUUCUUGAAAGCAGGGAUUCUUGUAUGCAUUUUUAAAUUCUCCAUUGUGCCUAGGUGCUCAAUAAUAUUGGUGAAUUAUUGAAUUGAUUAUCAAGCUGUGAUAUGGUCUAUAUCCUCAGGGUGCUCUACCUUGUAUAUGAAGAUAAUGUUACUGACUCAUUGUCAGCAAGACAUAUCCUUUUGGGGUGUGUUUUGUUUUCUUUUAAUAUUGGAUUUAGUUUUGUGCUAAUGAUAAUGAUUCCAAUGACGAUGAUAAUAAUAAUAACAAUAAAUCACUUUCAAUGAGAACA